AGGAAAGGGGCGCCCCGAAGGCCGAGUCCGUUCCGUCCCAAGCCGGCCUCUUCCGGGAUCCGGUUCCGCGGUUUCGCGCGGCCCGGUCUGAGCCGGCCCUGGCCGCCUCUGCGCCGACUUCCCGUUACGGGGCUUGAGCCUCCCCCGCCGGGCCGCCCCGGCGCCUCUCGCUCGCCCGGCUCCGGGGAGCAGUCCGCCCGGGCUUUCGCUCCCGGCCCGCUCCGGGGACUCCCGGCUCGCCGCCGGGCUGUCUGGCCCGCACCGUCCCGUCCCCCCGGACGCCUCGCGGCGCUCGCGCCCCGAGGGGCUCCCUUUCCGCCCGGGAGCCCACCAGGGCGAGGAAACGCGCCGGGACGGCGGAGCCGCCGCGCGGCCAAGCGAAGAGGCUUCUUCCUUCGCGGGAAGCGCCGCCGCCGGUCCGAGACCCCUUCCCGGAGGCGCGGGGGGGCGCGGCGGAUCCCGAUGCUGACCCGCUCGAUGCGCCUUCUGCGGGACGGGGACGGGGCCGCCGCGGUGACGCUCAGCGCCUUCCGGAGCCGCAGCCCCGAUCCCGAGCAGCCGCGCCAGCCGGGCGCUGAGCCGGCGCAGGUGACGUCGUGGGAGGAGGGGGAGGACGGCGUCGUCUACACCGUGACCGCGCGGGCGCCGGAGGGCGCCGCGGGAUCCAGCUGCCCCGCCGCCGCGCCGUCCCGGGCGCUGAAGGCCGGCUCGCUGCCCCGACUGGUGCGGCACCUGCUGGAGGCGCCGGCCCUGGGAGACACGGGCUACCGGCCGGCUUUCCUGGCCACCUACCGGACCUUCGCCGAGCCGCCGGCGGUGCUGGGGAUCCUCCUGGAGAGGCUCCAGGCAGCGGCCGCGUCAGAUGCUCGCAGCCCCCGAGAGGUGGAGGAACUGCGCCGGGCCUUGGCCUCGCUGCUGUGCUCCUGGCUGGACAGCUACCCCCAGGACUUUAUGGGGCUGGAGCCCCGCCUGCGAGAACAGGUGGCAAGCUGGCUGCACUGGGCCUGGGGCCCCGGCUCAGGGCCCGAGAAGAGCCUCCCAGAAGCCUCGAGGGGGAGAGACCCUCCUGUGGCCCAGGACGGGUGGGGGGAGGGGGCCGCCCCAGACGGGGACCCCGAUCCCCACUACAUCCUGGGACUCCAGGCGGAGGACAUUGCUGCACAUCUCACCGCACAGGAUGCCGACCUCUUCCUGCGCCUCGUCCCCCACGAGUGCCUCGGCUCCGCCUGGUCUCGGCGCGACAAGAAGGGCCACGAAGGGGACUGCCCCACUGUCCGGGCCACCGUGGCCCAGUUCAACCUUGUGGCCAAUGCGGUGAUCUUUUCGUGCCUGUGGGACACGGGUCUGCGGGCCACCCAGCGAGCGCGGCUCCUGGAGAAGUGGAUCCGUGUGGCAGAGGAAUGCCUCGUGCUGCGCAACCUCUCCUCGCUCUAUGCCGUGGUCUCCGCGCUGCAGUCCACGCCUUUGCACCGGCUCAAGCGGACCUGGGAGGAGACGUCCAGCAGGGAUUCUGCCCAUUGCUAUGAGGAACUCAGCGCCAUUUGCUCGGAGCAGGAUAACUACAGCCAAAGUCGGCAGCUCCUCUUCCAGGAAGGCUGCCCUGGACGAGGAGGGGCAGGGGCAGGAGCCGAGCUCCCCCAGCGCAAGCAUCAGCGGAGGCUGCCGGAUCAGCGCCCCUUGGGUGUGAUCCCAUACCUGGGCACCUUCCUCAAGGACCUGGUGAUGCUGGACGCGGCUGCUCCUGCCCGGGUGCAGAGCAGCGGAUACAUCAACUUCGAGAAGCACCGCAAGGAGUUCGAGAUCCUCACCCGGCUGCGCCUCCUGCAGGCCAAGUGCUGCAACUACGCGUUGGCCCCCGACCGGGCCCUCCAGCAGUGGCUGCGGCGCCUGACCCCCCUCAGCGAGGCCCGGAGUUACCAGCUGUCUUGUGCCAUCGAGCCCCCCGCCGAGGGAGCGGCCCCUGCCAGGCCCAGCAAGCCCACCUUGGUGGUCACCCACUGCGCAGACUUGAUCGCCUCGCUGGGAGUGAGUGCCCUGCUGCCCUGGGACUCUCCUGGUUUCCCCCACACCAGGCCUGACCUGCUGGGGCCAUCGGCUGCCUCCCCCACCACCCCGGGGGCUUUCCAGCACAGCAAGUGGCCCUCCGUCUCAGCCCUGGACACGUCGCCCCCGCCCUCCCCUGGGGAUGUCCUGGCCCCCCUCCCUGCCACUGGGGGCAGCUUCAUCAGGGGCCACCGGCGCUCGGCCUCUUGCGGGGCCGUCUUCCCCGAGGGCCCUGAGCCAGGGGGCACCUCCCCCUCGGACUGCCGCAUCAUCCGGGUCAGCAUGGCGCUGCAGAACGGCACCCUGUACAAGAGCAUCCUGGUAACAAGCCAAGAUAAGGCCCCCACCGUGGUGGCGAAGGUGCUGGAGAAGCACAACCAGAACCAGAAAGUGGCCCCCGGCUAUGAGCUGGUGCAGCUGUUGCCAGAAGGCCGAGAGCUGGUCUUCCCCCCCACGGCAAACGUCUUCUACGCCAUGAACAGCUUCAGCGUGGACUUCCUGCUCCGGCCCAAAGGGGCCCCGGGGGAGAUGGCCCCCCCGCCCCCCCCACCCAGGACCCCCGCGGCCAGGGAGAGGGACGUCAGUGCGACCUUCCCCAAGAUCAAAGCCACUGGCCGCAGGAUCGCUCGGGCCCUCUUCUGAGGGGGCUCUCGGACAUGGCUCUCCGAUGGGUCCCUCUCCUCGGGGGGCAUCGGGUCAGGACUGGGUCCUCUACCCAGAACAAAAAGCAGGCCACCCCGUGGCACCACAAACUGUCUGAGGAGCCCUGAAGCAGGGAGGCAACAGGUCACCCAGCCAUCACAGAGGAGGGCAGGACGGCUGCCCGGGAGACAGGAAUUGGGGGGCUUCUGCUUUGGGGCUGCAAGUGCUGGAACAGUGUCGGCCAUACCGGGGGGCAUGAUGGGAGUUGUAGUCCAAGCCCUCUCAAAAGAGAUUCCCCAAGUCUCCCUGCAGCCUGGCAGGACUGCAGAGCUCAGCAGGGCUUCCGAUCCAUGCACGAGGACAUGCUCCUUUGGACUCUCGUCUGCAGUGGGGGAGCCCUGCCUGGACCCUUCCUGGCCAGGAGGGGAAAGGCCUCUCUGCCCCUCACCCUGGAGACCUCUCCUGUCCUCUGGGGAGGGGGCGGUGUGUUUCCGCAAGGGGGUCCCCUGCCUGGAUGGCCCCCAAGGGCUCUCCGCAAGGAGGUGCUGGAGCCCUUGAGAAAGGUGGCCCCCCUGGGAAGUUAGGAGAUGGGAAGUUGAUGCUCCUUUGUUGCGGUUCAUUGAGCAACAACAUUUAAGACACAGACAUUUCUUAUGGAAGAAACAUAUUUAAUUCUGAGGUAACACAUUGUUUUUGGAAAACUUGGGCUCCGAACGGGAAUAUUAACAGUUCCUGAGGUUUUACCAAAGGAAUAUAAUUUCCCUGAAAAGGCCAAACGGCAACAGGUGCAGCUAAAUCACUUGAUCUGCACAAUACUUGGCCGCUGAAGCCCUAUCAGUUGAUAAAUAAAUAACUUCGUUAUUAGACAAAAAAUUAAAAUUACAAAAAUUUGGGCAAUGUGCUAGAAAUUUGGAGCAGAGAAUCAGGCUAUCCUAUAUUAAACACUGCAUGGCUUCGGGUUUUAAUGAACGUUGGAUGUGUUUCUUAUCACCUGAAUCUAUUUUAAUGUCUGUAUUUUUUUUAAAAAAUUCUGCCCCCAAAUCAGGAACUUUCCAGCUAUGAAGACGGAAGUGAUUUGGCUAAAGGUGAAGCUGAGCCUCUCACGAAAAAGGUGGUUUCAAGGGGGGCUUUUCUCCCA